AAGUCGCGACUUCGCUACUACAUUCUGACAUUGCCUGUGGGUUGUCGAUUUGGUUCCCGCGUCGGUGUGGAACUGCACCGGAGUGUGCGAUUCCGUAAGCUUCCGUGACAAGUGUUGCCGUGCAGUUUGUAAUUUGGUCCAGUUCGUUGCACCUGCAACUAGUUCCGAAAAUUCCGAGCAUGCUGACAACAGUGCUCACGCUAUCCGAGGCGAUUCCUCUCGGUCGACUAGUGCAACCCAUUCAGUUGUGUGUGAAAACCUCACAAGCUCCGAUCAGCAUUGUUAUCCUAGAUCUCUAACCUAGCACCUUCCAGCUAGAUUGGAUAUGCUAUGUAUACCAUUUCCGGCGAGGUUUUUGUCUUUUUCCUGCAGUAAACCUCUAUCUUGACUCAGCUCUAUAUUUUCGUGGAUUGAUAUAAAGCUAAGUUCGCUUGGCGUCUAGAUUUAAGAUUUAAAGUCGCCUAGAUAUGUUAAACGUUCUAAAAGUUUACACACCGUUAUUUGUAUUCUAUCAUGUGCCGUGAAAACUGGUCUUCCUCGUGAUUGUGAUUCUUCCUAUUUUUAGCAAAUAAAUCGGCCACCCACAUGUCUGAAUGAGGAAGGGAUUGUUUAGCGACACUGAAUAGCGACUCCUUAUUUUAGUGAGCAGAUUCCUUCAUGCUUCAGCAUUCUCAGGUUGCGUAGAUAUCAGACGUACUGCGCAGAAGUGAGCAACUUUUUGGUGCGCCUGGAGUGCGGAGUCCGCAAGAGAUGGGAAUUGGUAAUGGCGCCGGGAUUGAUGAGAAAAAGAUAGCCAAGCUAGUACUUCACGCUCACCCCUCGCUUUUAAGAUGGGCGCCUCCUUGCAAACACAACUUCACUCCAGCUCAAUUCGAAGCUCUGAAAGCGGUUUGCGAUACCAUUGUACCCUCUCUGCCUCCGCCUUUCAAAGACGGUGAAGCAUUCGAGCUUAUGCGAGGAGUGACGGCGGAGGAUGUCGCGAGGUUUUACGAAGCGAACGCUUCAGAUGAGGGAGUAGCUGAAGUUGUAGCUGCUUCUCUGGAGGUUUUGGUAAGACCCGUGGUAUUGAAGACUAUGCUACAGGUUCUAAGCCUUCUCAGUACAGGGUGGGGUACUGCUUUGCUUGCCGUCGUGGGGAGGGUGAACAUCCUCACUUUCAAGUAUCCCGUAUUCAGAAAGUUUUCACGUCUGCCGCUCAGAGACCAAGAAAAGGUGUUGCGGGGAUGGUCGACCAGCCCUCUCCCUCAGUUCCGACUAUUGUUCAAGGCCUUCAAGAGUGUGGGUGGAUGGGCCUUUUACUCUAAGGUUAAUGAAUACGGAUAUAAUGUGUCCUGGAAGGCAAUUGGGUACCCUGGUGUGGCUCCAGAGGUUAGAAAUCGGACCGAGGCUGAUUACAAGCAGCCCAGGCCACUCGGAGAUGCUCACGUUGACGCCAAGGAAGCAGGGGCAGGGCUGAAGUCGAUCCUUGCCAGUAAGGGCUUUGUUGUAGAAGAAGUUGAGAGCUUCAGAUCGCAAUCGGAGAAAUUGGGCUUCUCGAAGAACGACAAUGAUGUUUAUCUGCAGUGUGAUGCGGUUGUUGUGGGUUCUGGAUCUGGAGGCGGGGUAAUGGCAGCUGCUCUUGCAAAACAAGGCUUCAAGGUUGUGGUCCUAGAGAAAGGCCAAUACUUCGCUGCUCAAGAUAUGUCAACGUUAGAAGGGCCUACUCUACUAAAUAUGUUCGAGAAAAUGGGAGCUAUGGCCACCGAUGACGGAGGAGUGGCCCUCAUAGCCGGAAAGUCGGUGGGCGGAGGCACGACAAUUAACUGGUCUGUGUCUUUGAAAACUCCUCAGAAUGUGCGCGACGAGUGGGCUAAUGAACAUGGUUUGGAUAUGUUCAACAGUGAGAGAUACGACAAGGCCACACAAGCAGUGUGCGACCGCAUCUCGGUACAACCAAAUGUUGAUAAACACAGCAUACAAAAUAUAAUUUUGCGAGAAGGCUGCAAGAAACUAGGGUAUCAUCAUGGAACAUUGUCGAGAAACUGUGCCUCCGAUCACUACUGUGGCUGGUGCACCUAUGGUUGUCCUACUGGAAAGAAGCAGUCCACAGCUCAGACAUGGCUGGUCGAUGCUGUCAACACCGGCAAUGCUUUGAUUCUGUCAAAUUGUACAGCAGACUAUGUUUUCCAUGGUGCCAACCCAGGUGGUGUUAAGGGAAGCAAAGCUCAGGGAGUAGCAGCCACUAUUGUAGGUGGGCCUAAUCGGGUAUAUAUCAAGGCAAAUGCAACGGUCGUGUCAUGCGGGGCACUCAUGACUCCUGUUCUGCUUCUCAAAAGUGGAUUAAAAAAUCCAAACAUCGGAAAGUAUCUUCGGUUGCAUCCCGCUAGUACAUGCUAUGGCUACUUCCCUGAAGGAACUGGACCUGAGGGAAGGCCAUACGAAGGAGGUAUCAUGACGGAAUACGCGCCUGUGAAUUUUAGGAAACCCACCGAGUAUGGAGGUCUUCUCGAAACUGGAGUGUUUCAUCCUGGAGCGUUUUCAGCAUUCCACGCAUGGGGCUCCGGUGCUGAUAACAAGGAGCGUUUGCUGCGUCACGGCCGCACUUCACACAUAACAGUCGUCGUCCGUGACAAAGGGUUUGGAACUGUGGAAAUAGACAAAGGAAGAAACCCAAAAAUCAGUUACAAAAUGUCAAAAUAUGAUCAGGAGACCACUGUGGCUGGCAUGGUUCAAAGUUUGAGGGUGCUUGUAGCAGCUGGGGCUGUUGAAGUUGGCUCACAACAAUUGGGUGCAGAGCGAUUUAAUGCGAAGGGGGCAUCUCCUUCGGAUAUCGAAGCCUAUUUGAACAGGGUGGAGCGCCGAGGUGCAAGCGAAACCACAGCCCAGAUAAUUUCAGCUCACCAGCUAGGAAGUUGCCGAAUGGGCACAAGCCCCUCUACCUCAGCAGCUGAUCCAAGAGGGGAGAUCUGGGAAGUAGAGGGCCUCUUUGUUGGAGAUGGCAGUGUGCUGCCAACGGCACCAGGUGUUAACCCAAUGGUGACAAUUCAGUCUGUAGCAUUUUGCACGGCAGAGCAUAUUGUGCAAUAUUUGAACAAGUUCAAAAUUUAAUUAUAUAUAAAUAAAUAAAUAAAUACAUGUUGAACUGUAAAACCUGCGUAGAAGAGGGAUAUGUAUUAUAUUUAAUGUUGUACUUUUAUCAAAAGCUACAUAACAUGUUCGCCAAUUGAGAAA